GCGGUAUUAACUGAUGUGUAAAGUUGAUUUAUGUAGACUGGUGUUGUUGUUUUCCCUGAAACGGGGUAUCAAACGUUUUCGCUGUGACUGUCGGUAUUUUUAUUUUCGAUAUCCUUGCUAUGGAAGGACGGGAGAACAAGAUCAUCGAUCGGGGAGAAAUAACAACAUGAUGUAACAUUUUGGUCAAUAUAGGGCCGUAAAUGUUUAAGCAUUGGAUAGUAACUGAGGGUGACAAGCGUGAUGUAGGUAUUUUAACUGUCAGUUCCUCAAGCGAAAAGAAAGCGACACGAGACCAACGAAGGGAACAACUUAGGAGUAAGGAAGACUUUUGGGAUCUGAUCAAUCUGAUCUGAUCAGAUGUCAACUGUAGAGUCUCCAAUCGCACAUUUGUUUCCGGUAAGUACACAAACUGGCCCACACUCAUACAGAUAUCGCACAAAUCUGGCUGUCAAAAGUUGAAGGUCAAGUACACAGCCUAUCAGUUAUAUCAGGUUAUAUCGGUGAUUAUAUCAGUUAUCAUUUAGAACGUAUCGCUUUUAUGAUAGCUGUCUUUUUCUGAAUGUUGACUGUUUAGAGUGAAUUGAUUAUAUUGGCAAUAUAAGUGAUGUGACGACCAAAUAAUAAGACACACUCUAUUCUAACAAUGUCACAAAGUUCUAAAUUCUUCUUCAGUGAAACUUUUGAAGUAAACGAAGAUGUCAAGCGGGUGUUUGACGAGAAUGGGUUUAUACUAUUAAGGGGGGUCCUGGACAAAGAGGAAUUAUCAAAGGUUGAGCAUACAUUAACUGGAUCAGAUGCCAUCACUAAACACAUAUACUUGGAUACCCACGAUGGUGACAGAAGAACCGACAAGAUCAUGUGGUCUUUUCCUGGAAGUGACGUCACAGGAAUGGUAGCACGAUGUGAAAAGAUUGCUGGAACAAUGGAGAAGCUGUUAGGAGGUGAAGUAUACCACUACCACACCAAACUGAUGAUGAAGGACGCCGGUACUGGGGCCAGAUCAGUGUGGCACCAAGACUACGGGUAUUGGUAUCUCUAUGGAAACCUCUUCCCUGACAUGGGCACCGUCUUCAUCCCCUUGGAUCCGUGUAGAAGGGACAACAGCUGUCUACAGGUCUUGAGAGGAUCACAUAAAUGUGGACGUUUGGACCACCACAGAGUCAUAGGACAAAUGGGUUGUGACGAGGACAGGAUGCUACAGAUACAGGAACAGUGUCCUUUGGAAUAUAUUGAAAUGGAAGCAGGUGAUGCAAUUUUCUUCCAUUGUAACCUGAUCCAUUCGAGCAGUGAUAACACAAGUGACAAGAGGAGAUGGGCCUUCCUGACCGCUUAUAACAGGGCCAGUAACAAUCCUGCUCAAGACGACCCUCACCCACAGUACACACCACUACACAAGGUUCCAAACUCUGCAAUUAAGUCAUGUUCGAAUUACACAGACAUGAAUGGGAAGCGUUUCAUGGGACCAGCAUAUAAGACUAUUCUGCCGAAAAGUUAAAACAGAACAUGAUGAAUCACUGUAACGAAGAUGAUUAAAUCAACCUUGCAUUAAUAUUAUAUACGUUGAUUAUGCUUUCAGAUACAUUUAUAAAUUAAGAGUUUUUAAGAGUUAAAGGGAAACAUUAUGAUUCUAUGGUAAUAAAAAGUUUGUGAUUUGA